CCGUGGUGCAGCUUUAGCUCCUACUGUCCGAGAAGACAAGUGACAGCUGUAAGGGUCAGUUAACUGUCAAGUGUAUGGCGGCCGAUGUGUAAUCUGUUCGACUUGCUGUAAUGCAGAAGUAUAGCAGGGAGGAGGACACCCGGCUCACCCCAUGUACAGGAGCCAGGAGCCCGCCUGCUGCUCCACCGGGACACAGACUGACAGCAUGCAGGGUCAAGUCCCAAGGCUUUCUAAAGUAAAUUUAUUCACACUUCUAAGCCUGUGGAUGGAGGUUUUUCCAUCUCCUAAAGAUGCUCAGGACAAAGAGAAACCCCAGCAGAUAAAGAAGACGGGGCUUGUAGUUGUAAGGAAUAUGAAGAUUAUUGGCCUCCACUGCUCCAGCAGCGAGCUUCAUGCCGGCCAGAUUGCAGUGAUAAAGCACGGCUCAAGACUCAAGGAUUGUGAUCUCUAUUUCUCCAGAAAACCUUGCUCUACUUGCCUGAAAAUGAUUGUGAAUGCUGGUGUAAACCGUAUCUCAUACUGGCCUUCAGAUCCAGAGAUGAGCUUACAACAAGAAAGGUCUUCCCAAACCAGCAUUGGAGACGCCAGGCUUGAUGCCAAGGCGGUAGAGAGGUUGAAAUCGAACAGUCGAGCUCAUGUGUGUGUGCUCUUGCAGCCAUUGGCUUGCUACAUGGUGCAGUUUGUGGAAGAGACAUCCUUGAAAUGUGACUUUAUACAGAAGAUCACCAGGAUAGAACCUGAGUUUACUAGAAGCACGUUCUAUGAGUAUCGUCAGGAACGGGUUAAGGAGUAUGAAUCGCUUUUUUUAAUCUCCAAUGAAGACAUGCACAAAGAGAUUCUGAGGUUGAUGGGAUUGGAAAAUCUGUGUGAGGACCCAUAUUUUGUUUGCCUGAGGCAGAACAUGAAGGAUCUUGUCCUCAUUCUUGCUACUGUUGCAGCUAGUGUUCCCAGCUACUCUGAUUUUGGUUUCUACACCAGUGAUGGGAGCCACCAACAGGGACUUACCCAAGAAAUUGCACAGCACUGUAUAAUACAAGCACGACUACUGGCGUAUCGAACUGAAGAUCACAAAAUUGGAGUUGGUGCCGUUAUUUGGGCAGAGCGGAAAUCUAGCUCACUGGAUUGUGAUGGGACGGGGUCCAUGUACUUCAUUGGGUGUGGAUAUAAUGCUUUCCCUGUGGGCUCGGAAUAUGCUGAUUUUCCACACAUGGAUGACAACCAGAAAGACCGAGAAAUCAGGAAGUUUCGGUACAUUAUUCAUGCAGAGCAGAAUGCUAUCACAUUCAGGUGCCAGGAGAUUAAUCUCGACGAACAGAGCAUGAUCUUUGUGACAAAAUGCCCAUGUGAUGAGUGUGUUCCCCUGAUUAAAGGGGCUGGCAUCAAGCAGAUCUAUACUGGAGACAUGGACAGUGGUAAAAAGAAGGCCGAUAUAUCCUACAUGAAAUUCUCUGAACUCAGGGGAGUUGGUAAAUAUAGUUGGCAACAAAAUCCGCACAGGGCGAGUACCAGUAACACACAGGCUUCCAUGUCUGCAGAAAAUGGAGAUCUGAAGAACAAAGAUGAAGAUGAUCUAUGCUUCAAAAACAAAAGGAUGUGUUAUGGGCAGAGCUUGUAAACCUGGAGUUUUAUUUUAGUAAAGAUUUUAUUUAUUGCAGAAACAAUUCUAUUUUAAGAAGGAAAAAAAAAUCUAUUUAUUUUUGCUGUUAACGAGAUUAUUAAAACAUGGUUACUGCAUGGUUACUUAUGGAUGCUGCAAGACGCGGAUCUAUGGCCACCAAGCAAGCGACUGUACAGUAAUAUGGGAGCAGAAGAAAACGCGGUGAAAUGCAAUCAAAUUUCUUUAGUCCAGCAUCAGAUCGUUUUGAUAAUCCUGCCCCUCUUUUUUAACGUAGAACCACGUGACUUUACAUGACUAAAAGUAUGACACCAGACAGAGGCGGUUCAUAAGAGCAGGGUCGGACUGGGAACUUAAAGGGGACCUGGAAAAAAUACGAAAAGUGGCACCGUUUUGUUGUUGGGUCCAAAUUGAUGGAAGGUAGGGCCAGCAAUACCAUAUCGUGGAACAUUAUACCACCCAACAGAGCCAAAUACCACAGUUCAUCACAAAAUACUGCCAGCAGCACAAAAUACAU